GUGAGCGAUGCCGGAAGUGUGUCCCAUGCCGCGCUCCGUACUUUGGUGUGCACCGGCUUUUGGUCUUCCCCAGUGUGAGUGUGUGUGAUAUCCGUGUUGUGGUAGCGGUGUACAGCUGUGAGGAGACCGAGAACCGACAUGUCUGCCGAUAAGGGGGAGCUGGAUCUGAGCGGAGCCAAGCAGAACACAGGCGUGUGGUUGGUGAAGCUUCCAAAAUACCUGGCACAGCAGUGGGCGAAGGCAACAGGAAAAGGUGAAGUGGGAAAGCUUAGGAUUGCCAAAAACCAAGGAAAGACUGAGGUGUCUUUUACGCUGAAUGAAGAGCUUGCCAGCAUUCAGGAUAUAGGAGGCAAGCCAGCCCCAUCCUUUGUUACUGCACCAAGGGAACAUCCUUUUCAGUUACAGGGCGUAGGAGGGCAAACACUAACGGUAUUUACUGAGAGCUUAACAGGUCAAUCUGAGGAAAAAUCUGAAACUAGGACAACUGACAAACUUGCUAUUGAAGGCAUAGUUGUACAGCGUGCUGAAUGCAGGGCAGCAGCCAGUGAACACUACAUGCAGAUGAAGAGACGGCAAAUUGAAGAAUCUUCAAAACCUAAGAGACAAUCGCAGCAAAUUGAGAGAGCUAUAACAACUAAUUACAAACCAGUGUCCAAUCAUCAGAAUAAUAUUGAGUACGAGAGAAAGAAAAAAGAUGACGGCAAACGUGCCCGUGCGGACAAGCAGCAGGUUCUGGACAUGCUGUUUUCUGCUUUUGAAAAGCAUCAAUAUUACAACCUUAAAGAUCUUGUGGAUAUUACAAAACAGCCUGUGCUGUACCUGAAAGAAAUAUUGAGGGACAUCGGUGUUUACAAUGUUAAAGGGACUCACAAGAACACAUGGGAGCUGAGACCCGAAUACAGGCAUUACCAAGGGGAGGAGAAGAAUGAAUAGAGGACAGAGGAACACAGGUCACAUCGUGGAUUUGCAUCUUGAAUAGCACACAGCUAAAGGAUGCAAGGAAGACUAUUUGUUGAUUUUGUUUUUUGGAAACCAAGUUCCACACAGUUUGUUAUAAAGUAAUGCAAUGGACGUAUUUUUAUAUUGGGGCAGGACAUUUUCCCCAGCAAUAAAAGUUGUUUUAUUCAUUCGA